CCGUGUUAUAUGUGGGCCGUAUUUCUUAAUACUUGAGCAAUUCAAGCGCUUGUAUUAAAGUUUCAAGCGUCUGCGAGUUUACACCUGGCUGUCAAUAUACUCAAGAUGGGACGUUUUCUCCUGUACCAGCUGUUAGUGUUGGGGUUUGUGAUCCUUCUAGCCACACCGAGUGCUGCGACGCUCUCGAAAAGUGACAGGGGGAAGAAGAAGCAAAAGGAGGAAGAGCCGAAGAUUACAUUGUCAGACAAGACAGUGGUAGAACGUGAUCUGGUGACUACAGACCCCAAGUGGAAGGAUAUCGUCAAAGAGCACAACACUUACUGCAGUCUGACCAAUGAGUUGAAGCAGUUGGAAGCAGAUACUCUAGGAUAUGUGACUCCAUGGAACAGCCAUGGGUAUGAUGUUGCGAAGAUAUUUGCGAGGAAGUUUUCAUACAUAUCACCAGUCUGGUUACAAGUACGGCGAAAGCCUAGUGGUCACUUUGGGGUCACAGGAACUCACGAUGUGGAUAGAGGUUGGGUGUCUGACGUAACAAAAUCAAAGUCUACCAAAAUGGUCCCCCGACUUCUGUUCGAUGGAUGGUCAACCACAGACUACAGUGAGCUGUUUUCCAGUGAGGAUGCAAUCGAGGACUGCAUUAAAGUUAUACUGGACACUGUCAAGGAGUACACAUUUGAUGGAUUAGUGGUUGAAAUUUGGUCACAACUUGGAGGUAAAGCUAAAAAAGAACUUCGCCAUUUCCUCACCCACAUGGCUGAAAGUUUCCAUGAGCAAGGCAAAGAAAUGAUUCUCGUUAUCCCACCUCCACUAUAUGACAGGGAGACACCGGGCAUGUUUUCCCAAGAGGACUUUGAGGCACUGGCCCCACUUGUUGACCGCUUCUCCCUGAUGACUUACGACUACUCCAACCCUGGACGGCCUGGCCCUAACAGUCCUUUUAACUGGGUCAUUCAGUGUGUCUCCCACCUUGACCCUUCUGGAUCGUCCCCCCACCGGUCCAAGAUCCUGUUGGGCCUCAAUUUCUAUGGCAAUGACUACUGGGCACGCAACGGAGAAGCUGUUCUCGGAAAUAAAUAUAUAGACCUACUAAAGAAGCACAAACCCAAGCUGGUAUGGGACACAGAUACAAGGGAGCACCUUUUUGAAUACAAAAGUGGGGGAACCCAGCAUCUUGUGUUUUAUCCCACAUUAAAAUCCAUACAUGACAGACUAAAAAUAGCCAAAGACCUUGGCGUAGGAAUAUCUAUAUGGGAAAUAGGCCAGGGCCUGGACUACUUUUAUGAUCUGUUCUGAGAACAGGGUGUUGGAUUAAAAAAUAAUGCUUAUGUGAUUUUUUAAUUUUAUAUGAUUAUAAGAGUAUUUUAAUUUAAGGAUUUAAUUUGUUGUUUGACUUGAAGGAAUGAUUCCCUUUUUUUUCAUUAUUGAUGUUUCCACUAGUAAAGGACCGAUUCAAUGUGUGAUAUUACCCAGUCAUUACAAAUGUUUAUCAAAAUGGAAUUGUAUUCAAAUAUUUUAUGUGAAAUUGGAAUGAAUGCAUUAAACUUUAUUUUCAUUAUAUUCAACUACAUAUAGUUUGAAAUUAAGAUUUUUUUUAGUUCAAGAGCAAAAAGCUUUGCAACCAAAUGUGUUUUCGUAUAUGUUAACUUUUGAGACAUAUUUUUACACAUUGUUCAAUAUUCCAUUCCACACUUUUAUGCCCCCUGUAGGGUGGCAUAUAGCAGUUGGUCUGUCCGUCUGUCUGUCCGGCAUUCCAUUUUCUGCAAAGCUUGCAGAUAUUAAGCUGAUUUUUGGUAUGUGAGUCUACCUACAUAACUUACAGAUGAAGUGUGAGUUUUGUUCCGGUCCAUUAAUUUUUGGAGAAGUUAUUUGCCUUGGUCUUAACAAUUUCUUUAAAAUAGCUGCUGUGCGGCUUCAAAGCACAGAAGGGAGCAUUGUGUUUCACAAACACAGGUUUAUUUAUUUGUUAUUCAUGCAAGCAUGUCUGUAUGUAUCAUUGUUGCACAUUGAUAAUGAGAAUAAAAAUGUAAAUUUAUACUUGAAAAAUA